UCUCUGGCUUUAGAAAACAAGCCUAAGCAUUUUUCAGACUACAUUACUAAAAGAAGAUGGAAGAUCACAUUUUCAAAACCCUAGCAAUCUCCUCUGCCAUAAUAGUUCUUUAUUCUGUUAUCAGGGUAGUUUACACCAUUUGGUGGAAACCCAUAAGUCUGGGAAAGCAAUUAAGGAAGCAAGGGAUCAGAGGCACUUCUUACAAGCUUUUGUAUGGUGAUAUGAAAGAGAGUGGGGAGUGCAUGAAGGAAGCCUGGUCCAAACCGAUGUCCCUAAAUCAUCAGAUUGCACCCCGUGUCUCACCAUUUUUUUAUCAAAUGAUCAAAAAUUAUGGAAAAGUAUCUCUGAGUUGGAGGGAAACAAGGCCAAGACUAAUAAUUGCAGACCCAGAAUUAAUGAGGUUGAUAUUAGCUGAUAAGAAUGGUGAUUUUGUAAAGCCGCCUUUGAACCCUCUAGUGGAUAUUCUACAACUGGGAGUGUCAACAUUGGAAGGACAGAGAUGGGCCAAGCGAAGACGCCUUAUUACACCUGCUUUCCACCUUGAGAAGUUGAAGAAAAUGGUGCCUGCAUUUUCAACAAGUUGUUUAGGCCUGAUUGACCGAUGGAAAAAAUUGAUUAGCCCUCAAGAAUCACAUGAACUGGAUGUUGGAGCGGAAUUUCAAAUUCUUGCUGGCGAUGUUAUCGCUAGAACAGCCUUUGGGAGCAGCUAUGAAGAGGGAAAAAGGAUAUUUGAACUUCAGAAAGAGCAAGCUAAAUUGGUGCUCGAAGCCUAUGGGAACAUAUACAUCCCAGGUUUCAGAUUCAUACCCACAAAGAAGAACAAAAGAAGAUACAAUAUAGACAAUGAGAUCAAAGCAAUAUUACGGGACAUGAUCAGCAAGAAAGAGCAAGCCAUGCGAGAUGGACAAUUGGUGAACAAUGAUUUACUAGGCUUACUACUGCAAUGCAAAGAAGAAUCUAAUAAUGGAAUGACAAUUGAAGACAUUAUAGAGGAGUGCAAAUUAUUCUACUUUGCCGGCCAAGAAACCACGGCCAGCUUGCUCACUUGGACGAUGAUUCUAUUGUCUAUGCAUCCGGAUUGGCAAGAAAAGGCUAGAGAUGAGGUGCUACGGGUCUGUGGAAAGAAAACAUUAGAUUUUGAAGCAAUAAAUCACCUCAAAAUUGUAACAAUGAUAUUGCACGAAGUCCUUAGAUUAUACCCACCUGCGGUUACUAUCUUCCGACACACAAAUCGUAAAACUAACAUUGGAGGAAUGUCCAUCCCAGCUGGGGUCGACUGUGUGUUACCAGUGUUGUUCUUACAUUCUGAUCCAAAAUGUUGGGGCGAAGAUGUAGAAGAAUUCAAUCCUGAGAGGUUUUCUGAUGGAGUUGUGAAAGCAUCAAAAGAUGAAAUUGGCUUCUAUCCUUUUGGCUGGGGCCCCAGAAUAUGUCUUGGUCAAAGUUUCGCCAUGAUUGAAGCAAAGAUGGCUCUAGCUAUGGUUCUUCAACAUUUUUCAUUUCAGCUCUCACCCACUUAUACUCAUGCUCCUUACUUAGUCGUUACUCUUCAGCCACAACAUGGAGCUCCAAUUAUACUCCACCGAAUCUAAGAUGUAGUAAAUCACAUAUUAUUAUGUAAGUUCUUAAUUAUUGGAGAGUGUUUAUUUCCAGCCAAGCAAAUAAAUUGGACUCAUGAUCGCCCAGCCAAACUGAGACAAGUGUGGUUGCUUAAGGCUUGCUCAGUGAACUGGAAAAUUGUAUUUGUCCAUUCUAAUCAAGUUUUGAAUAAAUAAAAUUUAGUUUCACUCUCAA